AACAUUUAUUCUUAGAUUAGAAUAAAGUUGGUAAUAUUUAACAAAAAUGAUACAAGUAAACUAAUUAAGUUUAUCAUUGUUGUAUAACUUGGUUUUGUAGUGCAAGAUGUAUUUUCAGAUCGAAAACACACCAGAGAAUGUUAAAAGAGCUCGAAAGAAGGAAAAGAUUCAAGAGGCAAUUCAGGAAGAAUGCCCCAGGCUUAUUCUAGCUCCCUUUUCCAGACCUCCCCAAGUGAUAUUUGAUAAUGUCACAAUCGGAACAUCAUGUGAAAAGGAAUUAGAACUACUCAAUCCAACAAAACAGGCUCAACAGAUAACCCUGGGAAAGUCCCUGCCUCCAGGAUUAGUCAUUCAUUUGCCAGAAGAAUGCUUGGAAGUGGAACCGGAGACAUGCUACUGUGUUUGCAUGGAGUGGACCCCCACUCAGCUGACAUCACUACGGGAGACAAUACGAUUCACAAAUGACAACAGAGGGAGAUAUGACGUCAUUGUUGUCAUGAAAUCUGUCAUGCCUGCUAAAGCUAAGGGCAACCAGCAAAAAUUUAAAAUAUCUCCUGGGAAAAUCAAGAAAAGAACAGCAAAAAAAUCACCAGUUGCAAUCUACAAAAAGAAGAUUGAAGCAGUUCGUAGUACUGUGACAGUUAAGAAAACUGUCAAUGUUGUGCAGUCAACACAAUAUAAAAUUGUCAAACAAACCGACAAGGAAAAUAACUACCCCCAUAGUGACUAUUCAAUUGACUCAAACUAUCAAAAAUGUCCUUUCGAUUCACCCUCCAGCUUAGAUUUUAACACAUCUGAAGUUUUUUCUAACAUGCUACGCCCAAAAGCGGCUAUCUUACACGACACUUACGAUAAAUCUUACAGAACAUUAAAAGAUGAGUACAAAUCGCUGCCUGUGCCAAACAAUAUUCUAAAACCUUCUAACAAGCAAGUAUAUGAUAAUUCGGCGUCUGACGUAUUUGAUAAUCUUACCUUUACACCACUCAAAAGUAUACCAUCGAAAAACGAGAAAUUAGACAAUGGCCCCAGGAUAAUAAUUAGCGUUAAUUCCGAGAGUGAUUUCGAGGAUAGUGUUGAUAUUAGAAAUAGCAAUAAAGAAAACGAAACUCAUUCAAUUAUAUGUAUUACUUCAUCUCAGCAGCCGUCCAAGUGGCUGACAGCAGAUGAUCCCACUCAUACCGCUCAUUGUAAUGAGACACCAAUAACAAACAAAAAGAUUCCAAACACAUCCUCUCCAAAAGACUUGAACAGUCCUAAUUUUUCGAUCAACACAGAUUUUUCGCGUAUCAGCGAAUUGUCUUUUUUCCCGCAAAGAUUUUCAACUGAGCGAAAAACACUGCCAAAAAACAAUGAAACUCACGAGAUCGUCGACGACUCGAGUAUAAAUGUAAAAUUAAGUUCUGAUACCUACACGAAGGAAUCCCCUAACACGCCGCUCGAUUAUCGAGUUAACAAAAUGAGUUCUGAUUUUAGACAUUUGCCUACCUUCGUGAAAGAGCCUUUCCCGAAAAUGUGUCGGCAAUCGCUUUUUAAAGAACAACAAAACUAUAAAGAAGCACAUGAAAGGAAUUACUUAGCUCAGACAGAACAUUAUCCAUGGCAUAGUGAUCUCCGAGCGGAAGUGAGGUCCCCGCCGCGAUCAUUGACACCUCCCUUACAAUCUAUACCGGAAGAAAGUGUGCAGCUAUCAGACACACAAGUGUUGGAUAAACACGCCGCAACUUUCACGAUAAAUCAAACUUUCGAUAGGCCUAGUGAUAUAUCUUCUAUGUCUGUAACUCGGCAAUCAACGUGGUCUAAAAAAGCUGUUAGAGCGGAACCGGCGCUGUGGAAAACGCCUGCCCCUGUAACCAAAAAACCCGCCAAAUCUAAAACGAGCAUUAAAGCUAAGGAAUCACUGAGUAACCAAACAAACAUAACCCUUGAUACAAAUACGACUUUAAAUCAAAGCAGCUAUCUAAAUUAUGUUGGAAACGUAUAUUCCCAGUCUACCACUGUGGAUCCGUUUUUGUCAUCGACAUAUUACUAUGAUAAGGAUGCUGUAGAAAAUUUGGAAAAGGAAUUCAAGAGGUGGCUUAAUUGUGUUCUGACACCACCGGCUGAUUUGGAUAGUAAUAUCGAGCAGAAAAUAGAUGUAGGGAAAGCUUGGAUCGAAAACCGAAACAAGGAAGUACCCCUUGCCCCGACAAAAGAACAAGUAUGCAGCACAUAUCACAAUAGCCACAGGUUGGAAAGCUUACGACGAUCGGCCCGGGCCUUGUUACGUAGCCCCGAAAUUAACCAAGUGUUCCUCAAGUUACAAGCGCAGAUAGAAAAGAAAUUAAUAGCUAUAAGAAACGAUAAAAAUCUCCACCUAGAUAUCGGGCUUCAGAGAAUUAUAAUGGAAAUCAUCCUCUCUUACAACCCCCUGUGGCUUCGUAUCGGUCUGGAAGCAAUCUAUGGUCUCGUUUUACCUCUGAAGUCUAACAACGACAUUGAAGGACUAACCACUUUCAUCAUUCAAAGAAUGUUUAAAAAACCUAAUUUGAAGAACAAACAUUCUAAAACAUCAGCGCCCAAUAUGCUUCUACCCGCUUAUAUGGAAUCAAUAAAAAAGUUCACUCUCAAAAAGUUCUUCAUCUUAGUGUUCUUCUUGGAUCAAGCUAAGCAGAAAAAAAUGAUACCGCAUGAUCCAUGUUUAUUCAGGAGGAAUGCGUUAUGCAAAGAGAGCAAAGAAAUUAUAAUUAAUUUUACGAAAGAGCUAAUUGCGGGUAUCGGAGAUAUAACUAGACAUCUUCGGCCGCUGGGCUAUGUCGUCAGUCACAAGCAGUGUUAUUUAGACGAGUACAUAUACGCAGUUCACAACAUCGCAGUCGACAUACGGGAUGGAGUUCGAUUGACGAAAGUAAUGGAAAUUAUAUUAAUGAGAAAAGGUCUGUUACAUCAACUCCGCACGCCGGCGAUAUCGCGCCUUCAGAAGAUACAUAACGUGCAAGUAGCUUUAAACGCUUUGAAAGAGGCAAAUUUCGUUAUAGUCGGUGAUAUAACUGCUGCUGAUAUUGCGGAUGGGCACAGGGAGAAGACUUUAUCUCUUUUAUGGCAACUCAUACACGUAUUCCGUGCACCGCUGUUCGAGAGAGCAGCGAACGUGAUCCAGAUAUGGUGGCGGAAGAAAUACGAAGUCAUAGUUGAGAAGAGACGGGAAGAAGAAAGAUUACUUGCAAAACUGAAUACUGCAGCUAGUAUAAUACAGUAUUGGUGGCGGCGCGUUCAGUACAAUCGUAUGGUCGACCAACAAAUGCAAAAAAUAACGACAGUCACCAUUGUAAUACAGAAAUAUUGGCGAAUGUGGCUCUGCCGAAGCCGAUUAAGGAAACUUAAAUCGAGUGCCGUUAAAAUAUCAGAGUUUUACAGAAGUAUUAAAUUAAAACGACAGGCAAUAGAAACGCUACAGUUAUUGCGUGCUAAAAGGCUAGAAUUAAGGCGUAAGUCCGCGACAAUAAUACAAGCACACUUAAGGCGAUGGCUAUGUCUUAAGAAAUAUAAAACCAUUCAAAGAAAUGUGAUACUCAUUCAAAGUUUUAUUAGACGGUAUUUAGUACAGAAGCGGUAUAAUAGCCUUAAAAAAUCUGUUACAUUAGUUCAGCAGAAAUAUAGAGGUAAAAUACUGAUGAGACAAGCCAUGCAAAAUCUGGUCGUUAAGAAAGCAUGUGUUGUGCUCAUUCAAAGCUAUUACAGAAUGAGCAGACAGCAGAAAUAUUACAAGAAUUUGAAAAAGGCUGUACUGACUGUGGAAAAACACUAUAAGGCUUUGAUUUUAAUGAGAUGUGAUCGGUUAUACCACUUAAAAUUGAAACAGGCCGUAAUAAAAGCCCAAGCAUCCUACAAACGCAAUAGAGUGCGUCAAGAAUAUUUACGACAACGCAAAAUAUUUGUAAACCUGCAGCGAAGAGUACGAGCAAAUCAGGCAAUGAAGAAGGAUAAGUUGAACUACUUAAAAAUACGCAACGCAGCUAUCGUUAUUCAGAUUCAUACUAGAGCAAACCAGGCCAUGAAAGUUGCGAGAGCAAAAUAUAUUUCGCAGAGAAAUGCUGCUAUUCUUAUACAAAGAUAUCACCGAGCAUAUCUACAAAAGAAGAUUCAAAGAAGCAAUUAUCUGCUAUUGAGAAAAUCUGUGAUAGAAAUACAAACGCGAUACCGAAACUUAUUGUUAAUGCGUUGCGUAAGAAAUGCUUAUCGGGAACUGAGAAAUGCAGUUUUGUUGGUGCAAAGACGGUACAGAGCCAGGAUUUUAAUGAGAGAAAUACAAAACAAAUAUCAAGAGUUGAAAAAGGCAGCAAUUGUUAUGCAGAAAAGAUACAUAGCUUUACAAAAAAUGCGUGAAGAAAGACGGAAGUUUAUGCAACUCAAGUCAUCCUGUAUUAAAAUCCAGCACACCUACAGAGCACACUUAAAAGGAAACCAGCAACGGAAAAUAUAUAUCAGACAAAAAGAAUCGGCAAUAGAAAUACAAAGAUGGUACAGAGCUUUAAAAAAGGCAAAAGAAGUAAAACUACAAUAUCUUAUGAUGAAACAAUCUUGCACUACCAUUCAGAAAAUGUACAGAGCGUAUAUUGCUGGCAAAAAACAAAGACAAGAGUAUAUUAAAAUUAGGACUGCAACUAUGUGUAUUCAAACGCACUACAGAAAUUAUUUACUGACGAAAACAUUACGCAAAGAGUAUCUAGAAAUAAGGAAAUCGACAAUUGUGAUUCAACAAUUUUAUCGAUCAUGGUUAGAAACAAUAAAACAUAGACAGACAUAUCUUAAAAUAAGACACGCUACUGUGACAAUUCAGGUACGUUACAGACAGUAUCGGGUAGCAAAAACGACAAGAGAAGAAUAUUGUAGGUUAAAGUUAGCGACGAUCUGCAUACAGCAGAGAUAUAGAAGUAUUAUAGCUAUGAGAAAAGAGAGAGAAGUGUUUAUGAAUUUGAAACGGUGUACCACAAACAUACAAAAAAGAUACAGGGCAUUACAAGCAAUGCGAAGGCAAAGACUGGUAUAUUUAAGACAGCGGUCAGCUAUUAUCACAAUCCAGAACAGGUUCAGAGCUCUAUCUCUUAUGAAACGAGAAAGAAGCACGUAUUUAAGACUAUUGCAGGCAUUUAAAACAAUACAAAUGCGUUAUAGAGCAUACAGAAAAUGUACCGAGCAGAGAAAGCAAUAUUUACUAUUGAAAGACGCUACAAUAAAAAUACAGCAACGGUUUAGAGCGAUAGUAGAGAUGCGUAAAGAAAGGCAGUGGUACUUGCAAAAACGUGCUGCAACUUUAGUGAUCCAAAGGCGAUUUAGAGCUCGGCAAAUGAUGAUACAAGAAAGGGCUGUAUUUAUAAAAACAGUUACCUCGUGUAUUACAAUACAACAGUUUUAUAAAGCACGUUUAAUAGGGACAAAGCAAAGAGAAACUUACAUCGGGAUAAGGUCGGCUGCGAUAAUUAUCCAAAAACGAUGGAGAGAAUAUAGAGUAACGAAGAUAGUGCGUAAUUCUUACAUACAAUUACGCAAUGUUACGAUUUCUAUACAACGUCAUGUCAGAGCUAAGAACGAAGCGCGUAUGAUAGCGAGAAAAAUGGCCGCUGACAAAAUCCAGACUUGGUACAUAUCCAUUAUGAGACGAAACGAAUGCCGCUCUAAGUUUAUCGAUAUCAGAACAAAAAUUAUUACUUUGCAGGCAAAUUUGCGCUCGCAUGUUUGCCGCAAGCGUUACCUUUCUAUACGACAAGCAGCUCUUACUAUACAAAGAUGUUACCGCAGUUAUAAAUUAGCGAAGUCUUUAAGGGAAAAUUACGUACGGCUCAGGUGGUCUUUAAUAAAGUUGCAAGCUCACGUACGUGGUUUUAUUCAAAAGAAACGAUACUUUAGAUUGCGUACAACUAUCCUGACCAUACAAGCUGUGUACAGGUUCAAAAAACAUAGGGCACUUAUGCAGAAACGGAGAGAAGAGGCCGCUAUAUGUAUUCAAAAGAAUGUACGACGGUACUUGGCACAAUCGCGGUACAAGCGUUUCAGCGAAAAGCUCAUUUUCGUUCAGAAUAUAUGGAGAAGUAAGCUGAUCACGAGAUUGAUACGUUGCGAAUUCAUGCAAAAGAAACGAUUGAUUACGAAAUUGCAAGCCGCUAUCAGAGGUUACUUAGCGCGCAAAGAGUUUGAAAGUAGAAAAGAGAGUUUAUUAAAGCUGAAGGAAGAAAAGAGACAAAACUGGGCUGCUUCGAAGAUUCAGGCACUUUUCCGCGCCCAUAAGACCCGUGUAUCCGGUUGCGCACGCGCCGCUGAACUGAGGCGUCGCUGGCGUAAAGGAGCGCUGCAGUCAACGCAGGAGUCACUCCAAGAACGUAACGAAGACGCUCUGGAAGUACUCUCGAAUAUGUCCGACAUUGAGAGUGUGAUACGCGCGUUCAAAUCACUCGAACUUCUCACCGAAGUUAUGCCGAUGAUGUACGACGCCAAUGCGUCCCUGGUAGUCCGUUGCGUGUACGUCUACAUGUCCGUGAUGAACAGAUCCAUUUCCAGUGUGGAAGUGUUGAAGUCUGGCGCGGCAGUGCUGGUCAACUUGACCCGUUACAGAAGAACUGGCCCUAAGAUAUAUUUGAGAGAUCGCAUCACUCAGGCGCUGAAAUUCAUGUGGCGGUUUUGUAACUCGGAAACUCAACUGUUUUGCAUUCUGUCUACGUACAUCUGGCUCUUCUCGAAAUAUGAUGCAGCGAGGAAGGAUUUAACCGAAUUCCUGCGCAUACCAGAAAACCACAAGAUGCUCGUGACAAUCAAAGGAAACGUCAGUCGAAUGAAGAGGAUGGCGCAAAAUACAAGGAACAAUAACGUGUUCCAUACACCUCAACCCUCGAAAUUUGUUUCGCACACUCGCAAUGGAUCCAGCCAAUGGAAUCAAUCCCUGCGCGACAGUGGGAAUCUUAGUAUAUGCAGUAAUAGCAGUAACAGUUCUUUGUUGCCAGCCCUUGAACCGGAUUAUGGUAUUGCCAGGGUCGACAGGCCUCGGUAUUUCGAGGACGCCCAGCAAGCUAUUAAUUGCCUGUUUGAAGUUUAUUCAUUAUAGCAUAGAUAAUAUAUUUUCCAUACAAAGUAGCGCCAUCUAGCAUUUUUUAUGUAAACUUAGUUUUUAACAAGGAGUAAUCAUUCUAUUGUUUUAUCUAUGGUUUAUAUAAUUGUAUAACGUGCAAAACGUAUCCAUUAUACGUAGGUUAAUCGGCUUCACUUAAGUGAAAAUUCAAUAUGGCCAAUAUGAAUAGUUGAUUAAUUGCCUACAAAUUGGAAUAAACUCACGAAGUUUUAAUUUUUUUUUCAUAAACUUACGGUUUUACGUAACUUUUUUUUUCUAAAUAGCGUCGCUAAAUUUGUUUCAUUUUCUGUCUUCCUAUGUGCCUUGUUAACAAUAUUCCAUUCCAGUUAUUUUUAUUUUUUUUCCACCGCUGGAUCAUUUGAUUUAAAGUGCUACUGGAACUAUUUCUACUGCUUUUAUUAGUUUAGGGCUUGAAGUUUUCGCUACUGUACGCGUCACGAAAGUUGAAAUUGGGCGGGCUUUAAGUGCGCUACGGCGUGGACAGUGGAGUGUGUCUAAACGUUUGUAAUCUUGCGAGAUCCAGUUUGUUUUCUGUGACAAAUAUAAUUUAUACAUUUAUGUCCGGCUAUAGCUAGCUAUAAGCUAUGAAAAAAAAUCGCUAAAAUCAAUUCAGGUGUGAAGCGGUGAUAGGUAACGAAGCUUGGUUCAUGGUACUUGAUGCUAGCCCACGUAUUGGGCCACUAAACGCAUACCAGAACCAAACCUGAACUAAACUGGCACAACUCAGCCCAACCUGAUCAUGAGAUAAUAAGCUUGCGUACGAAUGCAAUAGUUACAAUAUGUUACGAUAGUCAAAUAUUAACACAGUGUAUAAACAUGAAUGAAAAAAGGUGGCCACAUUUACUCAAGAAAAGUUUUUUUUAUAAACACAUCACACCAGUUAUUUUCUGUAUAAUUUAAUAUUUUUCCGCCCUUGCGUUUCUUAUUCUUUCAUUAUUGUAUCAAUAUACUUCGACACCUAUUCUUUAAAAUUCAAAAAUUCAAUUCCAACCAUUAUUUCCUUAGACUUGUUAACAUAAUUAGCAAUUAAUUGUUAACAUAAUUAGAUUAGAAUCGAGUACAUCUCCAUCGUUGACUUAUGUGGUAUUGGCACCAUGGUCUGGCAAGAAUAAUUAAAUGUUCAGCUCUUAUGUUCUAAUUAAAAAAUAUAGCCAUCGAUUCAACUUUCGGGACUAGAACUUGCCGUUGCUGUUUUUUUUAAUUAAGAUGUAAAAAAUAUUAUCUCUUCAUAAUUAUGAGAACUUUAUUCUAUGUGACUAAUUUAAUAAAUUAAUAAUGUUCAA